AUGGAUGCAUCAAUACAGAAUAAUUUAUCAAAAUCAUUAAUACUAAUGAAAGAAAAACUUCAAUUAUAUAUUCUUUAUGAUGACUUUUAUUAUAAAAAAUUAUUUAAUGCAUUGAUUGAACUUAUUCAAAAAUAUAAAUUAAUUGAUAAAAAUGGUCAAAUAAUAAAAUUAAUAACAAACCAUUCAAUAGAUAUUGAAAGAGAGCAAUUAUCAGAAGAAUAUCCAAAAUUAAAUUCAAUUUCAAAAAUAAUUUAUAUUAUUGGUCCACGGUUAGGUUCAAUUCUUAUCGAUAGUAAUCAAUUUGAUGAUUCAGUAAUAAUUAUACAAAAAUCAUUCUCAUCAUCUUUAAUUCUUAAUAAAUUACCUGAAAGACAAAAUCUAAAUCCAUUAGUUGGACCAGUAAUUGAUUUAGCAGGUAGUUUAAAUAAUAAUAAAUUCUUAUCUUAUCAUAUAAAACUAUUUGAUUUACAACCAUCAAUUAAUAUUUAUAAAGAUAAUUAUCGAUUUAAACUUCAAAUUCCAUCAUCACCUUUUCGUUCUGAUCAAAUUUGGAUAAAUGCUUCAUCAAUAAUAUCAUCACUUGAAAAUGAUCAAAUAAAACUUCGUAUUCAUUGUAUUGGUGUUAAUUUUCAUGAUAUUGUAAAAGUACAACGAUUAUAUCCAUAUACAGAUAAAUUUGGUUUAUUAGAAAAAGAUUGA